GAAGAAUCAACCUUGAUCUAAUUCCCAUAUUGGUGCCCGAAGAGAAGGAAGCGAAGCGAUGCAGAGUCUCUUCCAUGGCGUGCGCGAGUAUCUGACGCCUGUGCUGACCGAGUCGUCGUUCGAGGACAAGGGGCUGCUCACACCCGAGGAGUUCGUCAAGGCUGGCGACCUGCUCGUGUACAAGUGCCCCACAUGGCGUUGGGAGAGCGGCGACCCGAGUCUGAGACGCUCGUACCUGCCGGCGGACAAGCAGUUUCUCAUCACUCGCAACGUUCCGUGCCGCCGCCGCGUGACCUCGCUGGAGCAGAGCUAUCAGACCGAAGAGGCUGUUGAGGGAGAAGACGAAUGGGUCGCUGCCUCCUCGUACGCCACCGAGGGCGGUAAUUCCAAUGCCGUCACGGAUUUGAGCGAUGAAAUGGGGGAAAUCUCCCUCUCGGACGUGGAUAAACCCAAAGCUUCAGCUCAAUCUAGCAACUCUAACGGUGGGAUCUUGGGUGCCAUCGUGGACGAGCAUUUCAAGGCUGCCCCUGCAGGUGGAGCAGAGUCGGAAAUCCGGGAUUUGAGCUCCUACGAGGAAGAGGACAACUUGGUGGAAGAUGACGAGGCAGCUCUCGGCCCCUCGACCGGCUACCUCGUAGCUAGCGAACCGGACGACGCAGACGACGCCAUCCUUCGCACACGCACUUACGAUCUGUCCAUCACUUACGACAAGUAUUACCAGACGCCCCGUGUGUGGCUCUUUGGCUAUGACGAACGCAACGCUCCACUCAGCGGAGACCAGAUGUUCGAGGAUAUCAUGCAGGACUACGCCAACCGUACCGUGACCAUGGAGCCACACCCGCACCGCAGUUCACUUGUGCACGCAUCGAUUCAUCCCUGCCAGCACGGCGCGGUCAUGAAGCGCAUUAUUGCCAACCUCAAGAUGCGCAAACCUGGCGAGAUGGAGACGGAAGAACAGGCGGCCAACGAGAUCCGUAGCGACCAAUAUCUGUUCCUGUUCUUGAAGUUCAUCCAGUCGGUCAUCCCUACUAUUGACUAUGACUACACGAUUGAGGUGAACGCCAAGCAGUGAGGAAGACAUAACUUGCAUAUCCAGAGAGUGCAUGUAAAAGAAAAUCAACAUGUUAGCACCAUGGUGCUGGCUUACUGACAAAAUCCUUAUAGUAAUGGAUCAGCCUGAUUUACACUGAACGCUAGAUAUCGUGCUGUUAUUUACAACAUGGACGACUACACGAAGCUUUGAAAAACCAAAAGGAAAGUAAAAUACUAGCUGGGGCUACGCAGAUGCUGAAGGAUUCCGCGUUGAAAGACAAAAAAAUGUUUCAGAAGUGGCUCAAACAGAACCUCGAGUCUUUUGAA